AUGCGCCGUAGUAAAUUUAGAAAAGUCUGUUUUAUGUUGUUUUUAGUCUUGGCAAUAUUCGGUGGAUAUUAUGCUUAUCAAACGAGGAUAAAGAAAUUGUAUGAAAAAUAUUCAAGAUUAAUGCAACAAGAGAACGAGCGGGAAAAACUUGCUCUUCAGAAAAUAGAAUCUCAAAGGAAAAAACAAGAACAGCAACCAGUGCAGCAAGAGGAUGGAGUCCAACGAAAGUUUGUGAACGGAGUAGAAUUCGUCAUCGACCAGCAUCACGAGGAUCCAUCAGAUGUUGACAACAACCCAAAACCAGAAAUGCCUCAACCACCUGUGCAAGAUGCACAGGAACAGGACACUCAAGUGGACCACAAAGAACCCCCUAAACAACCCACAGUAGUUAAAGAUGACGAUGUCGAUGAUAACGGUAAAGAUAUCCCUGACGAUGCUGAUUUACCUUUGGAUCCUCAUGAGCAUCAUGGUCACCAACAUUGGCAUGAAGUGAAGCGACUAGGUGUAGACGGGGAUAGAAAGAUAGAGAGGGAAGUGAUCAAUGGUGUCGAGUUUAUCGUCAAUCACAAUGGAGAAGAUGUACCUGAGAAGAAAAGUCCGAUUGAUUCGCUCGUCAAGCAAGUCGAGAAGGAUGAAGGACCGCUGAAGGAUAUCGGAGGUGCUGGUCCCGCAAAUGAUGAAUCAUUGGCUAAAAUUCAUGGUUUGAUGAACGAAUAUAGAAAAAGAAUUCAGGUCGAUCAACCAGGAGGUGUCAUUAAAGAGCCGGUAAACGCCCAGAUAGCACGGCCUGUCAAUCAAAUACAGCAAGACGAAAAACAGGUGGCACAAGCUCCACCUCAAGUACAGCAAGACGAAAAACGGGUGGCACAAGCUCCACCUCAAGUACAACAAGACGAAAAACGGGUGUCACAAGCUCCACUCCAAGUACAACAAGCAGAAUUGAAUGACGCAGGAGCUAAAAUAGCACAAAAAGAAAGCUUAAUGCAAAGACUUGGGAUACAAGAACCUCUUGAUGAUAGUAAAAUCAUGAAGAUAAUUGUCUCUGGUAAGGUUUCAGAGGACGAUGCUAAAGCGUUGAUGCAAUACCAUUCAAACAACCUUGCUGCCAAAGCAGAUGAUGCAGAGGCAAACCCUGACACAGGAAACUCUGGUGGGGAACCACAGAAGAAACCCAAGAAAGAUGCACCACUGAACUCUUUAAAAGUUUAUGAUUUGAGUGAAGAGGCGGAUUUAACAUUUGACUGUGUGAAAUUGAAACUGCUGAAUAACGACACCAAAAUAUGUGUUAAUGAUCCUAAAAUAGAUAAGCCCAUUUCAGCGUCAUUGGUUGAAAAGGGUACAUGGGAGUCACAAAAUCUUCAAGAGUUUCAAAGAGCUUUGGUAGCUUGCCCACAAUGCGGAGUUCUCGACUUGGGUUCUAAUUUGGGAGUGUAUUCCUUAACAGCGGCACACUACGGGCGACAAGUACUCGCCGUGGAACCUUUGUUAGAAAACAUUAGACCGUUUCAUAAGUCUGUCCAGAUAAAUGACUUUAAUGAACAGAUUGUAUUGUUGAGGAAUGCUGUGUCGGAUAGACAUGGGUAUAUGGAGGUGAAGUACCCCGUGCCACCUAAUAAUCUGGGGGCAGUGUAUGCGGAACACGUCGAUUAUAAGAUGGCGAUGAAGGAUAAUAUAGGCACUAAUAUAGUUAGAGCUAUUACACUCGAGGACCUCAAAUUCGUUGUUGACUUUAAAUCAGUUAUUUUAAAAAUAGAUCUUCAGGGUAUGGAACAUUCGGUGUUUAAAAACAGUAUGGGAUUCUUCGACCAGCGAGAUGUUCCUUAUAUCUUCAUGCACUGGCAGUAUGACGAAUAUAAGCAAGCUACACUUGAGACUGCUGAUUUCCUGGUCCGAAAAGGAUAUCAACCUAAAAUAACUAUUAAUGGUAAUAGCGUUGGUGUGAGUGCUUUAACUCGGGAUCAACAUCUGCUUAUCUGGGUGAAACAAUACGCUCAACCAGAACAACAGGAGUGA